UUAUUAUCUUAUUUGGUACAUGAAAAUACCAAAGUUUUCCCUCAGAAAUAAGGAAAAGACUGAAACUCGGUAUUCUCGACUCUUGAUAGAGAGAGAGCCAUCUUUCCUCAACGCUUUUGUUUCAAUUCAAUCUUUCGAUUUUGAUCACUACAGAAGCUCAAAGAAAGAACUAAGGUGGAAACAAAAAGAGAGAGAAGAUGCUGGAGAAAAUUGGGCUGCCUCCGAAGCCAUCACUAAGAGGGAAUACUUGGGUGGUUGACGCCUCACAUUGCCAAGGAUGUUCCUCACAGUUCACUUUCAUCAAUCGCAAGCACCAUUGCCGCAGGUGUGGAGGCAUAUUUUGCGGCAGCUGUUCCCAGCAAAGAAUGGUAUUGCGUGGACAAGGUGACUCACCUGUGCGUAUCUGUGAACCAUGCAAAAAACUAGAAGAGGCGGCACGAUUUGAAAUGAGAUAUGGACAUAAAAAUAAAUCUUCUAGAGGUAGUUCCAAGAAUGUUUCAAAGAAAGAUGAAGAGAUUUUGAAUCAGACUCCUAGUAAUGAGAAUAGGCGUUCCUCUUCACAAAAGAACGAUGCAUCAUGUUCAAACAUUUCUGAAGUAGCUACUCAGGUUGAAGGUGCAGAUAUAGUUGGAAAUCUCUCUCUUGAUAAGUCUACCAACACAUUGACAGAGGCAGGAUCUGCUACCCCAGAAGAUCUGCGUCAGCAAGCUUUGCUUGAAAAACAGAAGCACAGAACUUUGAAAGCUGAAGGAAAACCUGAAGAAGCUUUAAAAGCUUUUAAAAAGGGUAAAGAGCUUGAAAGGCAAGCUGCAGCAUUGGAGUUAGCUUUGAGAAAAAAUAGUAAAAGGGCUUUGUCGUCAAGCAACAUAGAUGAUAUUCAAGAAAACAAAGAUGAAGCUAAAGCAUCUGGUCCUAAAAAUAAGCUUUCGUCUCAGAAGAAUAAAGGAACUGACGAUGUUUCUGCUGAACUCAAGGAAUUGGGAUGGUCAGAUUUUGAUCUCCACGAUGCAGAAAACAAGCCAGCAACCAUGUCUUUGGAGGGUGAACUUUUUUCUCUUCUGAAGGAAGUCUCUCAAAAACCUGAUAAAGAGAAGCAAACGGUCAGCGCUGAUAAGUCUAAGGUUACUGCUCAUAAGAAAAGGGCUCUUGAACUAAAACGAGCUGGGAACGUUGUUGAGGCCAAGGAAGAACUAAAGAGAGCGAAAAUUCUUGAGAGGAAAAUAGAGGAAGAGGAGCUUCUGGGUGGGUCUGAUGAUUCUGAUGAUGAACUUUCUUCACUAAUACGCAGUAUGGAUGCUGACGAGCGUGCUGAUUUUUCGGGACCAUACAAAUCUAAUUUGAAUUUGGAUUUCAAUCAGUUGAUUGGAAUGGCUGAUGAUGUUGGUGUAGAUGGUAAUUUUGAUGUAACGAAUGAAGACAUGAAUGAUCCAGAAAUAUCUUCUGCUUUGAAAUCACUAGGUUGGGAAGAAGACGCUGCGGAUUCUGAGGACCUUGGCACCGAGGUUGCAUCUUCUAAGAAGGGUUCAUUAAUAACUGAGAUUCAGUCUUUAAAGAGAGAGGCUCUGAAUCAGAAAAGAGCAGGCAACACGACAGACGCAUUGGCACUUCUGAGGAAAGCUAAACUACUUGAAAAGGAACUCGAGAAUUCCGAAGCUCAUGAAUUAGAUUUGACGAAUCAGGGUUAUGCUACACCUCAUAAAGGUGUAAUCUUGGAAUCUGUGGGAGAAUCGUCAUUUUCCAGCAGGGCAAGUGCGAAUGAUGCGGGUCCUAAGUCGGUUCCAAAGAGUAAACUAAUGAUUCAGAAAGAGCUUAUUGCCCUGAAGAAGGCGGCUUUGGCACUCAAACGGGAAGGUAGAUUGGAUGAGUCGGAUGAAGAAUUGAGAAAGGCGAAGGCUCUCGAGGAGCAGCUUGAAAAUAUGAACAAAGUUCCCUCUGCGACACAGCCAAGUGUUGGCAACAAGCAGAGUUACAAUAUAGACGCUACUCCGGAUGAUGGAGACGAAGAAGUGACAGAUCAAGAUUUGCACGAUCCGUCGUAUCUGUCCCUUUUGAAGAACUUGGGCUGGGAAGAUGAGGAUAAUGCAGAUGUAGCGUCGAUUUUAAAAGAAAAUAAUGAGUCCCAGAAGCAUGUAGGAGGCCCCUCCAUUACCCAAUCUGUUGUCAAUUUUGAAGUGAAGACACCGAAGAAAAGUAAGAGUGAAAUUCAGAGAGAAUUAUUAACGUUAAAACGAAAAGCUCAUACACUGAGACGCCAAGGAGAGGUCGAGGAGGCUGAGGAAGUGCUAAACAAUGCCAGAUUGUUGGAGGCACAGUUGAAUGAAUCCGAAGAACCAAUUAGAAUACGAGACGAUUCUCCUGAAAAUAUCAAAGGGAUCGCGUCAAAUGAUGCUCUUCGUGAUACCACAUCUUCUUUUCAUUCGGAGAAGCAAGUCAAAGACGAGAUUAAAGCUGAUGAGAAUGAGAAGCCACAAGAAUUGCAUGUGUCUAAGCAACCUCAUUCAGGUUCCCUCCAACAAGAAAUCCUUGCUCACAAGAGGAAGGCAGUUGCCUUGAAGAGAGAUGGAAAAUUAGCAGAAGCCAAGGAGGAGCUUCGGCAGGCAAAGCUCUUGGAGAAGGGCGUGGACGAAACACCUCAGACUACAACCAACUCCAGUGACAUGUCAGCAUCUGAUGUCUCGUCGGCCAGUCCUAGUUCAGUCUCUAAACCCUUGUCAAGCCGUGAAAAAUUCAAACUACAGCAGGAGUCACUCGGCCACAAGCGGCAAGCGCUUAAGUUGAGAAGGGAAGGUAAAACAGCAGAAGCUGAAGCUGAAUUUGAACUGGCAAAAGCUAUAGAAUCUCGGCUUCAGGAGGCGGACCCUCAUGAUUCUGCCGGGCCAGCAGAUGAUGUCAGCGUCGAGGAUUUUCUCGAUCCUCAGCUCCUGUCUGCAUUGCAGUCAAUCGGGUUAGAUGAUGGCCACACCAAACCCAAGGCCAUAGAAAGACCAGAGCCAGCCAAGGUCGAGGCGGAUGCUGAUACAGAGAGAGCGCAGCUGGUGGAACAAAUUAAGGCUGAGAAAGUGAAGGCGGUGAAGUUAAAACGCUCCGGCAAGCAAGCCGAGGCCUUGGACGCCCUACGACGAGCUAAGCUUUAUGAAAAGAAAUUACAGUCUCUAACUUGAAGGUGAAGAUGACGAUGAUGCAGUUUUCAGCCUUUUGCCACCAAUAUGAUGGAAUCUUGUUCGGUUUUGAGUGUAUUAUAAAUUCAAUCUUGAGCAACAGAGUAACAUUACAUGGAAUCGUGCUUAAGCAAUUUAUCCAUUGUUGUAGAUUAUACGUGUCAAUCUGUUUAAUUGCUUAUUUGUGAUACUAUAACAUUUCCUAAUUAUGUUUU